UUUAGUUUUUGUAAAAUAUUUCGAAAAUAAAGUAAUACAAAUAAGAAUUAAAAAAAUAUUAAAACACAAGAGUUCACACUGUAUCUAUACUUGAUUUUGAUCUAUUCUAGCAAUAAUAGCUAAAUUCGAAUAGUGAGAUCAUGAAUCAAAGAUCAAAUUCCGUAGAAAUUCGGGAUUUACAAGAUAUUGUAACACCUUUUGGAGUACGUUUAGCAGGCAUUUAUAAACGGAGUUUUGCUUAUGUAACACUUAAAGACAGAUUACCAGUAAUUUUAACCAAAAUAAUUGAUACUUUCAGUCGUAACAAGGAAAAUAUUAUUGAAAAAUAUGGAGAAAAUGCUAAAGAAGAAAUUAAACAAAUGAUAGGAUUUAUUAGUAAAUUAAAAAAUGAAAUAGCAACAAAUAAAACUUUAAAACCUAUGCGAUUGGCAUCUAAUAAAUCAAAUAAUGAUGCAGAAGAAUGGAAUAAAUAUUUAAUAAAGAGAACUGAAAUAGAAGGAGAAACACCAUUAUGGUUUAAUACUCUUUGGCUGUAUUGUGAAUGCUACAUGUAUCGGAUUCUUGCACAAGAACUUGUUCUCAUGAAAUACAUAAAAACUUAUGAUCCUUUUGAACAAUCAAAACAAAAUGCAUUUACAAAUUCCUUGACUAGCAUAGAAAUACUUUGUAGUUAUGUUAUAGAUGUUAUACAUAAUAAAAAAAAACUAUCAAUAAUGGAAACUAAAGAAGAAUUUAUGAAAUUUAUUAAAUUUGAUCUUUGGGGUAACCAAUGUGAUCUAUCUUUAAGUGCGGGAGCAGAUAUUGGUCAUGCUACUCAUCCUAUACAAAUAUUAAAAUUAUUAGAUGAAGAUAUUCUUGUAAAUAAUUCAGAAUUUGUUUGGAAUUUAUUGAGAAAACCAGAGAAAAAUGAUAUAAAUAUUGUAGAUAUAAUACUUGACAAUGCAGGAUAUGAACUUUUUACUGAUUUUUGCUUAGCUGCAUUCUUAAUUGCAAUCAAAUUUGCUGAUAAAGUAAGAUUGUACCCAAAAUUUUAUCCGUGGUAUAUUAGUGAUGCAACAAUAAAUGACAUUCACUGGACUAUAGAAUAUAUGAAAAAUGCAACAAAUGAAUGUUUAAAAAAAUUUGCUAUUUUGAUAGAAACCUAUUUGAAUAAUAAUAUAUGGACAAUUGAGAUUGAACCGUAUUGGACAGGUCCUUAUGAUCUUUUAGGAAUGAAAGAACAUGAUCCAAAAUUACAUGCAAAAUUGUCAGAAGCUAAAUUAGUAAUAUUUAAAGGUGACUUAAAUUAUAGAAAAUUAGUAGAUGAUAUUAAUUGGGAAUAUACAACAACAUUUAAAAAAGCAUUAAGAGGAUUUGAACCAACACCUAUCUUAGCUAUAAGAACAGUAAAAUCUGAUGUUUGUGUUGGUUUACUACCUGGUGUAGCGGAAAAAAUAUUUAAAGAAGAUGAAUAUUGGAUGUGGAGUGGAAAAUAUGGACUUAUUCAAAUUACUACAGCUGGAAGUUGCCAAUGUCCAAUGAACGAAACAUGUUAAAAUCCUAAUA